ACCAUGCAGGUGCUAACCAAGCGUUACCCCAAAAACUGCCUGCUGACUGUCAUGGACAGGUACUCAGCCACUGUGCGCAACAUGGAGCAGGUAGUGAUGAUCCCCAGCCUUCUGCGCGAUGUGCAUCUCAGUGGUCAUGGGGACGAUGUCCAGGCUGACAGCCCUGAUCUCUACAAAUACUUCAUCAUGCUCAAGGCCAUCCAUGUAGAUGUGGACCAUGGGCUGCUACCUCGGGAGGAAUGGCAGGCCAAAGUUGCAGAAAAUGAAGCUGAUAACGAAGCUUCUGAGAUGGAGGAGGCCAAGGAAGAAAGGAUCUCUGGGGAGAUGGACCUGGAAGCCCAGUUCCACCUGCACUUUUCCAGUCUCCAUCACAUCCUCACUCAUCUUACCCUGAGAGCUGAGGAGGUGACAAGGAAAUACCAGGAAAUAACAGGACAGGCCAUGUAG